GAGGAAGGAGGUUGUUCUGCUAAGAAUUAACUCACGGGACUAAUAUCACUAAUUAUCUUCUGGAAGGAAGAUCUUGGCACAUGGAGUAAAGCAAUUAUAGGAUAAGCUAGGACUGCCAGACAGUUAUGGAAGUUACACCAACAAAGUCAUCAAGGUGUCUCUAUAACUCUGCAUUGAGAGAGCAUCCAGGCAAAGGGCUCGUCCUUCCACAUUCUAUGCCCUGUGGUGCUCACCUGGGAUCUCCAGUAAAAUGCCAACAACAGCAACGGAAGGAACAGGAAACUGGUAUGGAAAUUGCAGUUAAACAGGCUGUGGAACGGUUUAAAUAAAGAGCUACAAACAUGUCAAUAAUUAUCUCUCAAGUCUCGUGUAGCACCUCCUGCAUCUGAGAAGCCCUGGGAUGGUGGGAGCAUGAGGUUUUGGAGGUCAAUAGAUAGUUCAGCCUAGGCUUCAUCAGACAACAACAACAGCAGCAAUAAUAAUAGUAAUAAAACUUUCAGAGACUCAAUUUUGUAAUAAAGAUAUAUUUUGGAAAACCAUAGUCCUUUGCACUUAAACCGGUGUCUUGUGGCAUCCGUGUCCCUCACAGCUUUCCUGUGGACUUCCCUUAGUCAAAACAAGUUAUGACCCAUCAUACAACAGGACAGUGACGGUUCAGGAACUAUUGGGGUUUGGGAAGUUCCAGAGUUCAAAAGACAAAGAGGAGAUUGCUGUAUUGUUCUAAAAUAAACACAGAGCUAAACUUGGCAAUGAUCUUUCUCCUCCUCCUCCCGUGUUUCUCUGAGGAAAAACUCAGGCCAAAUGUGACUUAUUUAAUAUCACAAAAGUAGCAGGAAAAAGCAAACGUCCUCACAUGGAAUAAGAGACCAUAGGUAUAUUUUUAAAGUGUGUGUUCAUCUCAGACAGGAACGCAAUCUACAAAACUCAAAAGACAGGGGAAGCUGCCAUCCACCCUAAUCGCUCUAGUCCCAACUGGAGUCUUAAGCAAAGCAGCCCUCACGUGCUCACAACGGGUGUGGCCCACCACUCCCUGCGAGCUGAGUCCCUGGAAUCCCGCCGCUCCCCGUGAGCCCGUCACUUCUCCAGCGAAGCACGUCACUCCCUCCCCUUUGGGACUUUGGGACAAAAAGCAAAAAUCCCGGAGUCCAAUCCUUGGGAGUGGAGCAAGGGGCGGAGCGACGUCCUUUCCGGUUGUGGGGAAACACCCUGAGCUACGGGAAUUUCCCUGGCCCGGGACGCGGUCUUUUCCAGGCACCAUGCAUAAAAGGGGCUCGUGGAGCCCCAGAACCCCAGAUUGCGCUUCAGAGCCUCCAACCAGCUACUGCACUCCAGACUCCAGCCACACUCCUGCUCAACGCCAUGGCCCCAGCCACCCGUCCACUGCUCCUUGCCUCUCUGCUGUUGCUGCUACUGCUACUGGCCACCAGGCACCAGGUCACAGGGGCACCCGUCGCCAACGAGCUGCGCUGUCAGUGCCUGCAGACCUUGGCGGGAGUUCACCUAAAGAACAUUCAGAGCUUGAAGGUGACGCCCCCAGGACCCCACUGCACCCAGACCGAAGUCAUAGCCACUCUCAAGGAUGGUCGCGAAGUUUGCCUUAACCCUGAAGCCCCCAUGGUUCAGAGGAUCGUUCAAAAGAUGCUAAAGACGGGCAUCCGCAAGUGACAGAGAAAGGAGGAAGAUUGCCGUGGUGGCGCCUGUGAACACGGGCUUCUGACAGCACUAGCUUAACACAUUCUAUGGUUUCUUAAGAAAGUCCUAUUUAUUUAUGUAUUUAUUUAUUUCACAAAGCUCGUGUAUUUUUAUUUGACAUUAAUAUUUAACGAUGUGGAUGUGUUUUAUCAAUGGUUGUUCAGUUUGAAGAUGGUAGACUUAAACUAUCUUAUUAAGGCCAGGUGUUGGUGGUAGAGGCCUUUUAUUCCAGCACCUGGGAGGCAGAGACAGGUGGAUGUCUGUGAGUUUGAGGCCAGCCAGGUCUACAAGUUCCAGGAAAGGCACCAAAGCUACACAGAGAAACCUUGUCUCGAAAAACCAAAAAAAAAAUCAUAUUAAACUAAUAUUUAAUAUUUAUUGGAGACCAUCAAGUGUCAACCACCGUGAUAGAAGGAUGCGGGUUAGGAGGAAAAAAAGCAGAGAGAUGAGAGCAUAUGAUCAUGAUUUGUAUUAGGGUGAGGGUAUGUGUGUGGACCUAUGUUUGAAUGUCUUGAAAAGAAUGUCAGUUAUUUAUUGAAAGUGAUCUUUCAUAUUAAUAGUCAACAUGGAUGUGUUGAUGUUUCCCUUGGACAUUUUGUGUCUAGUCUGUAGGGCAUAAUGCCCUGUUAUAUUCUGUAACCAGUGUUUCUCUUUGUCUUGGGACAGAGAGGUUCAAGGAACUGUUAUAAAUGAAAUAAAAAUAAAAGUUUUAACAAAAAAUAA